AUGGUUGUUAUACAAUUGCGCGCUCACAAAAUCGAAAAACAACCACCACACGCCGUUAUUUGGUGUGUAGGUAAAUGCUGUACAACAACAAAACUAUGGAAACCACUAACCACCACCAGGUGUUUACAUUUGGUGCCUUCCAACUUUGCCAAAAUUUAUAUGGACCGGGAGAAUCUGCAUGCCCAUCAGGUGCUGGAGGAAUCAUUGAAACCAUAUCAAAUAUUUGCCACCGAUGUGAGAUUACAUCCCGAUGUCAGCUCCAUUGAACUUCAAGAAAUUGUAAAAUGUUUGCCGGAAAAUGCCAGUACCAGUGAAGUUUUCGCACAAUUCCAAAGGGUAUGUGAAUACUGCCAUAACACCAAUAGCCUAAUAUCGAAUAACGCAUUUACGGCAUUUGUCCAACAAUUCUGUGAUCGAAUCCAUUUGCUUAGCGAUGAAGAGCUGAGAGGAUCGCUAAAAGCAUUAACCCUACUGCCACAAGAGGAAAAUGUUCGAGUACAAAAUUUUGUGGAGCUGUGGAAUAUUUUGGACAUUGAAUGUUGUCGUCGCAUAGAAAAGUGGUCCACGGAUGAGUUGUUGUUGGUCUGUGAUGCAUGGUAUUCGUUGAAUUUGGCACGGAUAUGUGAAUAUGUUUGGGAGGCAUUGCGUAAACUUGGUCGCAAGGUUAUAAAGAUGCAACCCUCCCAAUUGGUGCAGACAAUGUUCUUCUGUAAUAUCAUGCGUCGCACGGUGUUCGAUAUGUUUGAUUUUGAAGUUAAUUUGGCCAAGUGUGCCAAGGAUAUGACACUGGGAGAGUUGGGUGUUAUGUCAAUGGGGUUCUUUAAGACACAGACGCCCAUACGGAAUCCUGAGCUCAUAAAUUAUAUUUAUGAAAGAUUAAUGCAGGAAUUGGAUACGGUGGAUGAGAUCACCUUUGUUGCAAUUCUUAAGGUUCUGCGUUACAGUUCCAAACUGCCACAAGUUGACAUAAUGAUGAAACUAUUGGAUAAAAUCAGCGCCGAGAAAUUUAAUGACAUGAAUUUACUAACAAGUCUACAUGUUGCCCUACUUGGCUGUGAACUGCAAUGUUGCCACGAGGAAAUUGUAGAGAAAAUCCUCAAUAAAUUCCACAAUGAAAUGUCAAACACCCGCCUUAAGGACUUGGAACGUAUAUCCUUGGCUGUGGCUUUAUUUAAUAUUAGAACACCCAAAAAAACCGAAGAUUUGCUGUGCCAAAAAAUUUUAGAAUCCCUUAAGGGACGUAUUGAUGAAAUAAUGAAACAUCCCAAAUGUUUUACCAACUGUCUACAUUAUCUCACUCUAAGGGGUUUCUACGAUAAAGAAAUGUUAUCGGUUGCCUUAGAUCGAAGAUUUUUAAAACAUGCCGUUGGUUCCAGUUUAGCCAUCAGUAGAGAAAUUUUCAACUUGGAUACAUUUGUCAAGGUGAAUUUGGCAAAUGACAAUUAUGAGGGUAAUCAAUUGGCUGAUAAAUAUCGCAAAACAAUGGGUAAAAUGUUGACGCAUUAUAUACCCGAUAAUAAUCCAAAAUAUAAAUUGAAUGCCACCGAUCGAAUAUUACUGCAAAUGAAAGAAAUUACAGCUGGAUUUCUACCCCAUUGCCAGUUGAAACAUAUUUUACCAAAUUAUGAAAGAGCUGAUGUUGUGAUAUGUUAUGAUCGUGUGAAGCGAAAAUCGGUACCACUUUCUCCAGCAUGUCCGGAAGAUUAUAAUGGUAUUAUAUUGACCAGAGAACAGCUUUUAGGUGAUAAGCUGCAUGAGGAUAUUGAAACUGUUGCCUUCAUUAUUGCUGGCUGGAACAAUGUGAUACGAGGCAAGAACAGACAUACCGGAUUAUUUGAUAUGAAAUUAAAACAGUUGGAAUUAUUGGGUCAUAAAUCAGUUGUGAUAUAUUGGCAUGAAUGGCGCGAGUUAGAAACCCGUCAGGAUCGCAUUAACUUUGUUAAACGUCGUUUAUCUUCCGUUAUUAACUUGUAA